CUGCGCUCCCGUGCGUGCCGCACUCGUGCAGCUCCGGGUGGCAAACGGGGUGAAGUGGGGACGUGGGCGAGAGGAAGUCGAGGCGCAGGAGCGUCAGAAACGCUGCCUUAGCGUCCCUUGUCCUUUGGAGGUUGUCCCGAGUUGGGGGUGGGAGGGGGCUGGUGGGCACCGCACGACAGACUUCCAAGUUGCCCCGGCACAGCUGGAGGUCAGGCGUGCAGAGCCCCCCAAGGGUGGGUACCCGGCGGUACCAAGUGCCGGCGAGAUGCCCGUGAUGCCCAGGACCGCAUGGUGCGCUCGGAGCUCACAGGGCCGCCAAGAAGCCAAGCAGAGACCCUGACGGGCCCAGGGGCUGGUUGGCUGGGGCGCAGAGGCAACGCGGACCCGGAGCGCCUUUCGUUUUAAGGAGCCUUACUUCUGGGAAGGGACAGGGAACUGUCAAUCAGUGAGGGAGGCAGCGCACCGGCUCCGGGUGAUGUCAGCGGAUCAGCUGCUUGCUAACAAAGAGGGGGUAUUACAGGAGAAAGUUGCGGCGGCGGCGGCCGCGGCGGCACCCCGGAGCCUCGGAGGAAAGGGGCAAGUAGGCGAAGGGAGGAGGGACGGCUGCGGCAGCAGCAGCUGAAGGCCAAAGAAUUGAAAAGGCUGUAGGGGGAGGCAGUGCGAGCCAGCCCCGACUGCUCCUCCUCUUCCUCCUCCUCCUCCUCCAAACUCGCAGGGUUCAGCCCCAGCUCUCGCCCAGCCUCCGGAGCACCCGGAGGGACGGGAGGCAGCCGCGCAGCCCCGAGCUGGGCAGGGUCCCCAGCCGCCAUGGAUAGCGACGACGAGAUGGUGGAGGAGGCGGUGGAAGGGCACCUGGAUGACGAUGGAUUACCGCACGGGUUCUGUACAGUCACCUACUCCUCCACGGACAGAUUUGAGGGGAACUUUGUUCACGGAGAAAAAAAUGGACGGGGGAAGUUCUUCUUCUUUGAUGGCAGCACCCUGGAGGGGUACUACGUGGACGACGCCCUGCAGGGCCAGGGGGUUUACACUUAUGAGGACGGGGGUGUUCUCCAGGGCUCGUAUGUGGACGGAGAGCUGAAUGGUCCUGCUCAGGAAUACGACACAGAUGGGAGACUGAUCUUCAAGGGACAAUAUAAAGAUAACAUUCGGCAUGGAGUGUGCUGGAUAUAUUUCCCAGAUGGAGGCAGCCUUGUAGGAGAAGUAAAUGAAGAUGGGGAGAUGACUGGAGAGAAGAUAGCUUAUGUGUACCCUGAUGAGAGGACUGCACUUUACGGAAAAUUCAUUGAUGGAGAGAUGAUAGAAGGAAAACUGGCUACCCUGAUGUCCACUGAAGAAGGAAGGCCCCACUUUGAACUGAUGCCCGGAAGUUCGGUGUAUCACUUCGACAAGUCAACUUCAUCUUGCAUUUCUACCAGUGCUCUUCUUCCAGACCCGUAUGAAGCAGACAGGGUUUAUGUUGCUGAAUCUCUCAUUUCCAGUGCCGGAGAAGGACUAUUUUCAAAGGUAGCAGUGGGACCUAAUACUGUUAUGUCUUUUUAUAAUGGAGUCCGAAUUACACACCAAGAGGUUGACAGCAGAGACUGGGCCCUUAAUGGUAACACCCUCUCCCUUGAUGAAGAAACGGUUAUUGAUGUGCCUGAGCCCUACAACCACGUGUCCAAGUACUGUGCCUCCUUGGGACACAAGGCGAAUCACUCCUUCACUCCAAACUGUACCUACGACAUGUUUGUGCACCCCCGUUUUGGGUCCAUCAAAUGCAUCCGCACACUCCAAGCUGUGGAAGCCAAUGAGGAGCUCACCGUGGCUUACGGCUAUGACCACAGCCCCCCAGGGAAGAGUGGGCCUGAGGCCCCCGAGUGGUACCAGGUGGAGCUGAAGGCCUUCCAGGCCACCCAGCAGAAGUGAGGACCGUGGCUCUGGGCUUCAGAGACCUGGAGUCGAAACUUGGAUCUAUGCACUUCGUUUAUCCGACAACGGGACAACCAGGGACUCGUGCUGUGACAUCACAUCCUCUCAGCUCUGCGUUCACAACAACUUUCUCGCAUACUAACUAGGUUUGACUGUAUUACUCAUACCAGAUUUAAAAUUAGCUAUAUAGCCUUGCAACAACGUCCUACUGAGAGGGAUUGUCGAGCACUUAACAUAAGACAGCGUGAUGUUCUUGGGUGGUUCAAGUCUAAAUCUGUACCACAUUCAGAGAUGCCAAAUGAUUAGACUGAAAAAGGGAAAGGGGGUUUUUCAGUCAUUUUUAGUCCGUGGUUUUUCCAUGAUGUUUUUUCCUGUGGUCAAUGCAAAGUGUGUUGUCAUCACACUUGCAGAUGUGCCAUGUGGAGGAGAGAAUUACUACAUUUUGAUUCUCUAAAUGUAGUAUAAUUUGCCUUUUAACCUUUGAUCUGUAUCUUGCAAUAGAAUGGCUUUGUUCUUUUUCCUAGCAAACAGAACCCCACUCUUUGAGUCACUUCACCCCUCAGUCCUGUUCUCUGUCUUAGAGACCUUUUACAAGAGAAAACUUCCCAAUGGAUUUUGCGUCAGUGCCAGUGUGUAGGUCUCUCUGGCUCUUUCUAUAUCAUUGCUUCAUUAUUAUGUCCUGAUAUAAAUAUCUGGCUCAUAGGGCCAGGGUAUUAUUAUAGAAUUAUUAUUCUCGCAUGUAAACAAAGAUAUCUUUGCUUUAAGAUGUGAGAAGAAAGAGUUUACUUUGUUUGCAUUAAAUUAUGGAAGAGUUGUAAUAUAUACUUUAAGAAGGAAGAGAGAGAACUUAGUAUUUCUAGGCAGUAACUGUGGCAAUUUUGCAAUAUCUUCAAUAGUGCUAGUAAUUUUUUUCUCCUUGCAUACACAUUAAAUGUACAUAACACACAGCAGUCUGGCUUGUGGCACAGUGCAUUGAAUUCAAAAGUCAAAUAGCAAACUUGAAUUCUAACACAGAAUUCACAAGUUGGUUUUUUUUAAAUCGCUACUAUUAAGAGAGACAUACUGAUCACUAGGUACAAAUCAAACCUUAACGCUAAAACUCUUCAUCAUUGUAAUUUCAAAGCACUUAUCUGCUUCAGAGCAUUGUGAAUUAAGAAUAACACCUGUAUAGUUUAAAAGCAAUGAUUAUCAGUAGCAUUUCAGCCAUUUUGCAACCCAUAUGUAAUCACACCUGCUAAAAUAAGGAGAAACCCUGUUUUUAGUUUAGCUGAUUAGGUAUGUAACAUAACUGGGAUUGCUCUGAAUGAAUUCUGGAGUUUGGGGUUUUUGUAAGCGCCCUCACCAAUUGCCGUAGCUAUGUCUCCUUUCAAUGCCUGAAUGAGGCAGCUGGGAAGUCUGGAGCGCAGCAGUUGCUUCAGCUUUCAAGUGUCAAUGCCAGCACCUGUCGCCUGAGCCAGUUUGGUCUUGAAAGCUACAGCUUUCCAAGCUGUAGCCCAUGGUGAGCUCUGGCUGAGUAGAGAAGGCUUACGGGGAGUGAGAAAAGAGUAAAGAAACAGGCAGAAGGAAGUUUGAUAUUUCUUGUCAGUUACACAUUGCUCUUCAGAAGAAUUUAACAGAAGUACUUGAUCCAGGGCUGCUCAUGACUUUCAGCUCAGGCAGCCCCUGGGCCCAGAAUACAGCCCUCAAGGCAGUGACAAAAGCAGCCCUUCUCUUUUUCGCAAAGCUGGGCUAGAGGAGCUAGGUGGCAGUGGUUUCCGGCAGACAAGCUGAUGGUUCACACAUGAGAAGUUGUCAGGGCUGCCAGAAAGAUCUCCCACAAAGGGAAGUGAAGAGAUUUUUUAGGUUAAAAGGCACCCAGGAUAGGAUCGCUUCUAUUCUGUAGAAAGAGACGGGUCUGUAAACUGUGACAGAUGGGGCAGUCUUGGUAUUCUGAUAGGUGCUUUAAUUCAAAUGGGUCCCAAAGUGAGUGACAGUUGUUAGCAAGAGAAAGAUGGCUUUCACUAACCCCAGUCAGUUGGGUUGUGGAGUCAGGUCAGAGAGAGAGGAUGGCACGGGUCCCACCUACGAUGCAGCUACAAAUAUUUCAUUUCUGAGGGUGAUAUUGCUCUGGCUGGGGCUGCAGUGGGGUAUAAUUUCUGUCCUGAUGGGCUACUCUAAUUACCCAUUCGAAUAGAACUUUUCCUUCUUUUUUUAAAUUUUUUGAUAAAAGGGAUUGAAGAGUUGUAAGGAGUGAUUAACCAACUAGUCCAUAUUUCAGAUUAGAUAUUGAAUAACACUCUGAGUUUAAAACACACCAGUGUGUCUGUGACCUUCAGACAAAUCAAGGAGAACAAGACACCCAAGCAGAGCCUUUCUCUGUCUUUCUCCCUCCUCUCUUCCUUCUCCUGCUCUCCUCCCUUUCUCUCUUGCCUGCGAGCAUGCCUGCGUAUCUGUGGGUAACAAGACCCCCAGCUGAUCGCGCCUGCUCUGUUCCUCUCUCCUCCGUGUUCUGAGCGCCUGUCUUGCUAGUCUCUCUGGCUGUGUGCCCUUUAGACACUCGCUGUCUUUCCCUCUCCGUUUGCUGUGUCUCUGUUUAGCUCUGCUGCUCUUGAUCUCCCCUUGCCAUGCACAGACACACAGACACACUCCCCAAUGUAAGGCUUUGUCCACAGGGUAGCAUGGGGGGGGGGGUGGCUUGAGAUUCACUGUGUUCUGUAGGUAGGAAAAGAAAGUCCAGGGGGUUGUGUUCCCUAAGGAAGUAACUGGGGAGGAAAUAAGGGCGUGUUCCUUGUCUGAGCCAACGUCUGAGGGCGAAAUUUUUUUCGGGAUGUAUUUUUCUGCUGAAUCUUUACAUCUGCUGGAGAAGGAAAUAAUGUCAGGAAGCAGCCGAAGCUGGCAGUGUCAUCAACAUCAUAACCACAACAGAAAUGUGGAAGAUUCCAUGUGGUGGGGGAGAAAAGACGUAAUUUUUGCUAGCCCCAAAACCAGCUGGCGCCUGUGAGUGUGCAGGACGCCAUGAUCUCAAGGAGAUUCACUCAGAGCCGUCUCAGCCCAACCCCUGCAUGACUAGAUCUUUCCUUAGCAGCGUUUCUAUGAUGGACUAUUAUCUUGUGUUAGAGUUAGGAAUAGGAACUAAUCUGUAGAAGUACGUCCCCAAAUGGACAUUUGAAUGGACUAACCAAAACAACUGUGAGGACUGAAUUUCUGACGCAAAGGAACGAGGACAUUAAAAAAGCAACAGGUUAGGAAGACUUGAGUUUUGUAGGACCUAUUCGUCUUGUAACCUGCUUCAUCCAUGGUCUCCCUGAGAAACUAAGAAGGAAAUUUGUUUUUCAAGACCUCUUUGAACCUGUCUGGGGCUUGGUUAAACUUAUUUGCCCUCUGGGGGUUCUUCGCGCUUGAAAACCUAUUUCCUUAUCACCAACAACCUAAAAAGGCCAAUGUGGAGGCCAAGUAUAACCAAUUACAACAUUUAAUGUAACUAUUAAAAAUGCAGUAACUGUGAACAGUGAAUUCAAGGGUUGUCUUCUCAGUGAGACAGUGUGUGGCACUUUAGCGACUUUCCUUUAAUAUAAAAUUUUAAAUCACUCACUGCAAAAUGCAUUUAAGAUCUUCCAAGAAGGUAUAGUUUUCUGUUUUGCUUUGUUUUAAAACAGUUGCCUCAAGUUUCUGUCUUAAGAGUAGUGAUUUAGAAUCCAGACGUCUUUUGUUUUAGAAAAAAACGAGCAAAACUAUGUUGCAAGACUGAUCUUUGUAGUGUUUAUUUGCCACAGAUCAAAGGUUCACAAUAUAUUAAAUUUACAUCUACUUGAGGUACCUUGACAGAUUGUUUUUUCUUUGAUCUUUCCCUUCAGGAAUUGGACCUUUGGUGUCACUUUAUUUUAAAAAUACUAAAUUUUAAAUAGUUUUGUUUUGCCAAAUGUGUGCAUACAUAUUCAAAGCAAUGGAACGAUUUCAAGCCAUACAACCCCCAGGGUGGAAACCCUUUUCACAAAUUUUAAUGUGUUUGUAUGUAAAUAGAUGUUUGUAUGAAAUAUUUUCAUGGUAGAGUGACUAUAUUUAAAUGAAGUUGAAUUACUCCAGUGCUAUUUAAACAAAUUACAAAAUUUUUGGUGAGAAUUAACUGAGUCUAAUGAGAUAUAAUGCAGAUCAAUAUUGAUUUUUAAAAAUCAAAAGCCUACAGAUAACUCUGACCCAAGGCAACUUCCCUGCGUUGUUGCAUCUGACGUGGAGAGAGCUUGUAGGCUUCCCCAGUGCCUCAGCCGCUUCCUGGUGUAAGUUAGGUGCUCAUGGAGGUGUGUCCACCUUUUAGUGACAUCGCUCUGGGCCCUCGAGGGCCUGCGAGUGUAUUCGAGGCAUUAGAGACACUGGUGCAUUUAUCCAGAGCACAAUUUCUUUGCAGGGCAGCAGAAUCAGAAGCCAGAUAUGGCCGUGUGACCCUCAGAACUGGGUUUUCUGGCCGCCAUCAACCGCCACCUUACUGCCUAGUCACACAUGUCAGGGAGGCUGCCCUCAGUGGAGUUGGGGUUCAGACCCCGGGGUGGGACUUCACGGUUUGCCAGCAGUCCCUGUGUCCUGACCUCCACCUCAACAGAGAGGAAGGAGGAGGGUGCAGCUGGCAAAGGGCCUAUUUGUCAGCACAGUACAUCCUGUCUCAGCUCUGGGAGACUAUGCACGUAAGCACCAAACUUCCAACCAGAGAGAGACGCCCUCGGAUAACGCCAAUCCUUGCUUCCUCUGCCUGUGACUUUAAUACCAAGACCAAUCACAUCCCUAGAACAUGCCUCCCAACUCUCCUGACUCUUAUGUUUACUAGAACGCUCCUUUAUAACAAAAUUCCACUUGAGCGGGGGUUUUCUUUUUUCCACUUUGGUCCUGGAUAUAAUGAAAUGAUAAAUUUUCUGACAAAUUUUCACUGUGUAUACUAGCAAUAUGUACACACAUGCCAAUGUAUCUUACUUAACACAUCAACUUGGUUCCUUUUUGGGUUACUAUAAUUAAUCUCGAUUCAUGUAGUGGGAAAUACAGGGACUACAUAAUGUCUGCUUAUCAUGGAAGAAAUUAGGUUCAUGGUUCUGAACUCCCUACUUCAAAAGUUUUCCUCCUGGGUUUUCUAUGUUCUCUAUUUAUCCUGAAAUGCAUUUAUGAGGUUGUGAGGUAUGUUUAAGGCAUGGAAGUCGGGUUCGCUUUCAGCAUUUAUUGCAACCAAAAGUUAACCCAUCACAAUUAACGAACAUCUUUGAUUGGUCUUUUGUGGAAUUUGAAAAAAAAUCUAUGAGCCUUAUUCAAUAUCUAUGAUUCUAUGAUUUUUUUAAAUUAUGGGAAAUUAAUGAAAGAUGUUUACAUGAAUAAUGUUUGCCCUUACUGUGUUAUGAAUGAGUUUUUUGUAGUGUGUCUGGGUGCAUGUGCAAGAGAGUAGGAAAACUGUUUCUGAAACAAAACUUGACAAAUAUUUGUAAUGAAAAGUAAAUUUAAAGAUUGCUAUAAUUGCGCUAUAGAAACAAUGCAAGUAUUAAACAAAAUAUACAAUCA